GCCUCGACCACCCAUUCCAUCUGAAGAGCGGUUUGUCUAGCUCUAAAAGCCGUGACCAGAGCCAUUUUUCUCGGAGGCCAUUCGUAACGAAUUAGCCUUACCUGCUAUUUUAUGAGAAGAUUUAAUUGAAAAAAGGAGAACUAUAAACGGUCUCAUGGCCAAUGGUGAAAUUGAAUUGAAAUCACAGGAGACUCCUCUUGUCGAUUUAGAUACAAAGACAAUUGGAUCCGUCUCUAGUUUAAAUCGGCACUCGCAGAUAGAAGAAGAAACCGUGAAAGAAGAACUGACGCUUGCUCUUCCGGAUUAUGAUGAUGUUGCUUAUGGAAGUUAUACUUGGGAAAUAAAAAAUUGGCAUGAACUUGAUAGUCGCGCUUCAAGUCGUAUAUUUGAAGUUGGUGGACGCCAAUUUCGCAUCGUUUACUUCCCACAAGGCAUUUCGCAGUCUUCUGGAUACACGUCCCUUUUCUUAGAAUAUAUACCCUUUAAAGAAGAAAAGGAGAAACAAGACUAUGGCGUGUGCUGCCAGUUCGCACUCAUUAUCUCCAACCUGAACAAUCCUUCUUUACGCGUAGCAAGUGCUGCGCAUUGUCGCUACUCUCCGGAAAUUGCCGAUUGGGGAUUUACCCAGUUUACUGAAACAAAACGGCUUCUUUCGCGCGAAUCUCCCGUUGCACCCCCCAUUGUCGAAGAUGGAGCAUUACGCAUAAACGCUUAUGUUCGAAUUCUCGAUGAUCCCACCGGCGUACUAUGGCACUCUUUUAAUCAUUAUGACUCAAAAUCAAUGACAGGUUACGUUGGCUUGAAAAACCAAGGCGCUACUUGUUAUAUGAAUUCUUUGUUACAGUCUCUGUACAUUAUUGGUGCUUUCCGUAGAAUCGUUUACCAAGUCCCCACAGAAAGAGAGGAAUCAAAAAACGGUAUUGCAUAUGCUCUUCAACGCUGUUUUUAUAAUUUACAAUUUAUGAAUGAACCUGUCCCUACAACUGAUUUGACAAAAUCAUUUGGUUGGGAUUCUUUAGAUUCUUUCAUGCAGCAUGAUGUUCAGGAAUUUAACCGAGUUUUACAAGAUAAUUUGGAGCGAAGCAUGGAAGGCACCAUGGAAAAUGCACUAAAGAAUCUUUUUUCUGGAAAGAUGAAAAGUUACGUUGCUUGCAUGAACGUUAAUUAUGAGUCUGCCCGCACCGAAGAGUUCUGGGAUAUCCAGUUAAACGUUAAAGGAAUGAAAAAUCUAGAGGCUUCGUUCCGUGACUACAUCCAAGUUGAGACUUUAGAUGGAGAUAACUGCUAUUACGCUGAUACGUAUGGUUUCCAAGAAGCAAAAAAGGGUGUUAUUUUUGAAUCAUUUCCUCCCAUCUUACAUCUUCAACUAAAAAGAUUUGAGUAUGACUUUGAAAGAGAUAUGAUGAUAAAGAUUAAUGAUCGUUACGAAUUUCCACUUGAAUUUAAUGCAAAAGCCUUCUUAACUCCUGAAGCUGAUCAAGAUCAAAAUUGUGAGUACGUUCUACAUGGAGUACUUGUUCAUUCUGGCGAUCUCGAUAAUGGUCAUUAUUAUGCUCUCCUAAAACCCCAAAAAGACGGUGGGUGGUACAAAUUUGAUGAUACUAGAGUAACGCCUGCGACCUUGAAGGAAGUUUUAGAAGAAAAUUACGGUGGUGAUUAUAUUGUUCAUCCACCUUUUCGAUCUGCUGUAAAACUUAAAAGAUUUAUGAGUGCUUAUAUGCUUUUGUAUUUGCGAAAGGACAAAAUUGAUGAGUUAAUGGCUCCUGUUCAAAAGGAUGAAAUUCCUAACCACUUAAAAGAGGUACUCGAUGAAAAUAUACGAUUGGUCGAUCAACAGCGAAAGGAACGUUUAGAAAGCCAUCUCUAUACCAAAGUUGAAAUUAUUACUCCAGACUAUUUCGCUAAUCAUCACGAAUUUGAUCUUGUAAAUUUCGGUAAUACAGUUGAUGAGGAAGCUAUGCUUCACUUUAGAAUAAAAAAAGAAUUGAAGUUUUCGGAUCUUGUACCAAUGAUAUCCGAAAAAAUUGAUAUCCCUGCGAAGCGCUUACGCCUUUGGUAUGUAGUUCGCCGACAAAAUUUUACUGUACGUGUGGAAGAACCUGUAAAUGAGUUGACCCUUUCAAUUGAAGAGGCUAAGGAUAAAUGGAACUCGCAAGGCGAGAUCCUUCGUUUAUACUUGGAAAUAUUACCUGAAAAUCAGACAGUCGAUACUCUAAUUAAUGUUUCCUUUGAUUCUCAUGAUGCAUUCUUAUUUAUUAAAUAUUUUGACAGAGAAAGUCAAGAAAUAAUUGGUAGUGGAACGAUUUUUGUCAAUAAAUAUGACAGGAUUGAUUCCAUUUGCCCGGAAUUGUGUGAGCGCGUUGGCUUAUUGAAAGAUACCCCGUUGUACUUAUAUGAGGAAAUUAAACCAGGUUAUAUUGAAUACUUAAGGUUGAAUAAAACCUUUAGUGAGGGUGAACUCGGAACAGGUGAUAUUAUUUGUUUCGAGAAAGCAGUUUCGGAAACGAAGGAUUGGAAAGACAAAAGAUUUCCAACGGCCGUUCAGUUAUAUGAUUUCAUGGCAAACCGUGUACUUAUUACUUUUCGACCAAGGUUUAUUGAUCAAGAGAGCAUUCUUGAGUUUGAACUUGUGCUUGAUCGACGCAUGAAACUAGUAGAGCUUUCUGCGGAAUUAGGUGAAAAAUUAGGUACACAUGCGGACCAUAUUCGGCUUACGACAUGCAGUCCUCUUACAUACUCAGCUAAUAUGGUUAUCCCAAACAAUCCAAACAUCACUCUUUACGACAUAAUUCAUAGUUCUGACGAAGAUACCGUAUCUAAUAUUCUUUUUUACGAGAUUAUGGAUGUUAGUCUUUCUGAUUUAGAUAAAAAGCGACUUUUACGUGUUACUUGGCUUUUUGAAGGACUUGCAAAUGCCGAGCUAAUUGAUGUUUACAUUUAUAAAAUUGGGAAUGUUUCCGAUGUAUUUAAUGCUGUCUGUGAAAAGUAUCCAGAACUAGAAUUGCCUAACCAGAAGGUACGCUUUUAUGAAGUUUUGGAAUACAAAUGGUAUCGGGACAUUAAUAUGCGAACAAUGAUAAGAUCAUUGAACCCUUUUGCUAGGAUUAUUGGAGAGGUUAUACCCGAAGAAGAAAUUAAUUUACAGGACGAUGAGAGAGUAAUAGUUGUCUAUCAUUUCCAUAAAGAUAUCGCUCGAAUGCAUAGCAUUCCUUUCAAAUUUGUGAUAAAGCCGGGAGAGAGAUUUGCUAUUACUAGAGAGCGGCUGCGUUUUCGAACCAUGUACCCGGACAAUAUUUUCUCUGUAAUAAAGUUCGCUAUCAUUGAUUUUGAUAUGCACUCUGUUGUGUAUUUAAAUGAUGACGAUGUUGUUUUCGAGAUUCUUCAACAGUGUAACGGUACCUUGGCUCUGGAUAGAGCUAAAAAAGAAAUUAGAAAGCCUACAAUUCUAGAUCGGGCGAUACAAAUGAAAGGCUAAAGUAUGACAAUAAUAAUGUUUAUUCUUUGCAAUCAAGAUUUUUACUUCACAUUCACUCUACGUCCAAAUGUCUUCAAAGCAGAUAUCCAUAUUCACUAUGUUGAGAUAUACAUAGGUGAAACGUAUAUUAUUAAUGGGUUAGACUUCUCUAACAAUAAUCGUCUAGAUGAUAAUCAUUAAAACUUACAUUAACUAAAUAGCUGAG